GGGAGGCGGGGUGCGCUCGGUUCUGCUCAACGCAGGACGCAGGAGACAAGUCGCUCUCCAAGGUGCUGAAAGUCGGAGCGCUCCGUCUCUCGCCUCUCGGCGAUGAACCUCGACUGCAGAAUCCAGUGACGACCUGCUUCAAACGUGCCUGCUAAAAAAAUCCACACUUUUUUUUUCCAUUUCUGGAUUUUUUUUCUUUUCUUUUCCCUUUUUUUUUUUUUACUUGGAUGUACACGCGCAUAUGUGCAAUGAACCCGACAUUUACCUGCAUCAUCUGGAAAUACCAAACGGACUCUGGAUUCUAGGGGGGGGACGCUACAGAUGAUUUGUCUUGCAGUCUUUCCAGCCUUCCUUUCCCCCCCUGUCUGCGCCGCGUGCUGCCGAACUGCAACAUUGUCUCGGAAAGGUAAGUCGGAUGAGGAUGAUCACGGAGAAGACCUACUUUUUCCGUGGAUGUCAUUUUUCUUGAGCUGGAAGGAGCGAAGCAGGGGGCUGCUCGUUUAUUGCCUUUAAGCCCAUAAUCCAGGACGCAAAGUGGAGGGGGGGAUACAAUAUCCUUUGGAGCCUGGUGAAUUUAUCGCGUGGAUUGAGGGAAGUUYGCAACGACCAAGGCGACUAUCUGAUCUGUUCCAGCCCUCUGCAUGCUGGCUUUACACUGAGAGGAUAUCACCCAAUUUCACCGCGACCAUACAUGAUGAUGAUGAUGGUGAUGAUGGGGGUGCUGAUAAUGAAGAGCUGGACGGAUCGGCAGAGGAUACCCGGAGCUUAGGGAGGGGGGAAAAUGUCAUCCACGCGUUCGUGUUGAAUGUGGAUGUCGUGAUGCCGCGGGGAAGGAUGCGCCCUCACCUCUCGGCCGCCUCCGUCCUCCUCCUCCUGGCCCUGAUGAGCGUGGCGUCUGCGGCCACCGUGGGGAACCCGGAGGAUUACACCGCGGACGAGGCGGAGCGCACCGCCGCCGACAACAUGGUCUUCGACGACUACCGGGGCAAAGGCUGCGUGGACGACAGCGGCUUCGUGUACAAACUGGGGGAGCGCUUCUACCCGGGACACUCGAACUGCCCGUGCGUGUGCACGGAGGACGGGCCCGUGUGCGACCAGCCCGAGUGCCCGAAACUGCACCCCAAGUGCACCAAAGUGGAGCACAAUGGAUGCUGCCCCGAGUGCAAAGAGGUGAAAAACUUUUGCGAGUACCGAGGGAAAACGUAUAAAAUACUGGAAGAAUUCAAGCCGUCGCCCUGUGAAUGGUGCCGCUGCGAACCAAAUAACGAGGUACACUGUGUGGUGUCAGACUGCGCCGUCCCAGAGUGUGUCAACCCUGUGUACGAGCCGGAGCAGUGCUGCCCCAUCUGUAAAAACGGUCCAAAUUGCUUUGCUGGAACAACGAUCAUCCCAGCCGGAAUUGAAGUAAAGGUGGACGACUGCACCAUCUGCCGCUGCCACAACGGAGACUGGUGGAAGCCAGCGCAGUGCUUUCGGCGGGAGUGCCUCAACGGCCAGUCGUUGUCAUAGAGAGACUCCGCUGGGGAUGGGGGAUAAGCUCAGGCAAGGCUCUGCCUACUGCGCCAUUUUGUAUGAUUGACAGGGCAGGAGCACAAUUCUUACAAAAACAAAAAAAAAUAACAAAAACAAAAAGGAAGACAGUUUCGAAUUGGAGAGAUGUUCUCACAAGCUUCACACAGAUACAAAUUUAGCCAGAGAGAAGACGAUGGAACUUGUCUUACGGCUGUUUCCACCCUGCAGUUUUACUCGCCCUAUAUAUUUUCAAAAGUUGACUCGCUGCUUUCACUCGGAAAGUUUCUAAGCUCCUUGAACUCUUUCCAAACCACUGGCAAUGUUCCGUUGCCCAAGUCRAUUUCUGUAUGUAUGUCAUCAGCUUGUUGUAGAUGUCUGCCACAACCACAAAGGCGUUGUAAAGUUCCAACAGCAGGAAAAGACGAAACGAGAACAAAACGAAAGCACACUUUACUGCACUUUCCUUCUGCUUGUGCUACAACUGACAUUGCAGAUGAACUUGAGUUCCACGUCACUCUAAGAGCCUGUUUACAAAAUGCACAUUAAAGUAUGUCUUCAUAAGACUUUUUUAAUCAACAUGGCUAAUGCUUACCUCUACAUGAUGCUACAUCUUUUAAAUCAUUCUAACCCAUUUUUUGUCAACAUUUCUUUUUUUUGUUGUUGUUGUUGCAUUCCUGUUUACCAGCAGUACAAAAAAAUAAUAAGUCUGUAAUAUCGUGUGUAGCUGCAGAGCAACUUGAAGCCACUGCAUCCUUUGAAGGAGCAGGAACUACACCCAAAGAACUCUGGGCAACCUCUUCCAGACCCAAUUGAUCUUAUUGUUUUCUCACUGAGGCCCAUACCCUCCAAAAUAUCCCCAACUAACUAACUGCUUGAACKUGUUAUCAAAGCAGUUAGUGAGCCAACAGCAGCCCACUUUAAUUUUCCUUAAUCAGGAGUAUUCUGUGAUAAAUCAUCCAGCUGGGUGCUUGGCRCAGCCUGCAUGCUGGGCACAUUCAGCAAGAAACCAGCAGACAAAAGAAAGSGAUCUGCAUAUGGCUAAAUGCAUUUAGGCAGCAUUCACAAGCGUAACAUCCAUGUAAAGAAACAUGCACAGCAUUCAUCCACUGCCUCUGGCCCAGCACGUUCUGCACCCACUGAGGCACUUAAACCUCAUAGAAAAGCCUUGUUAAGAUACAAAGCUCCUACAUAUACUGCAGCAAAUGUAACAAAGUGUCAUUCCCUCGUUUUCUUGAAAACGUAAGAAUGCCUCAGCUGACGUGGCGCCACUAAUGUAGCCGAGGCUACAGCAUACAGACAAGUUAAUGCAUAGCUUUGACAUUUCUCAGACCGAAGUGGCUGACAAGUGGUCCAGUUCAAAAAUAAAAAAAUAAAAUAAAAUAAAAUAAAGCAGCCACCUAGGCCCCAUAAACGGGAACAUUUUUGAAAUGAUAAAUACUAGUCAUUAAUCCAAAGGUGAAUUUCUGUUAGCGCUCACCAUUCAUCACCAGAACUUUUUUCCCUUUUUUUCAUUUCUAGAAAAUCUGUUUCUGUUAACCUUUUAGACCCUAUUUCUGUGCAGUGAUGGAUGAGCUGCUUAAUAGCAGCUUCUAGCRCUCUGUAAUGAGACAGAAAUGAACUUAGGAUUAAAGACCAAUGGCUAAACAGGUGUAUUACCUUAAAAGGCACUAAAACUAAUUUUUGAAAGAACUCAUGGUAGAAGUUUACUGCAUAGACGCAGAGUCUGCGAUGAAAAAAAAAACGGGACAUAAAUUUAGAAAAGUUCCGUCUUAAGAGCAACAAUAGAGUUUGUGUCAUUUUUAUCGUUGAGCUGCAGUGAUGUAGUAUCUUUCAGGGUGCAAAGACAGACCUAAUUUAUCUGGUGUGAGGUCUGCAGGCUCAUAAAACAAAACUGACACAAAUGUGGUUUAUCAGUCACAGCCUUGGUGCUCCAGACAUUCUGGCAUUAUUAAAGGAGAUUCAUUCAUCAUAAUUGCUUUAAAUGCCACAUAAUUAUUCAACACGUGCUUAUAUCCAGAAGAAAAGGGGGUGAAAAAAAUCAGGAAUUGCUUCAUAGAGGGUCACAACAGAGACAGACCGAAGUGAGAGUUGACAGGACUCAAAGGCAACGCUGCCACCACAGAUGCCUUAUUGCUGCCGUUUCAGAUAAGAUUCGCGAAGCAUGGCCUUUGGCAUCACUCAAAAUAAAUAAAUCAGACUGCUUUAAGUUUGUUUCACCUCGCUUUGCAAGGGUUUACUGUCAUGUAUUUCCCCCCUCAAACUACUCAUUGUUUUAUCCUAAGACAUUCCAGAAACAGCCAGCGGGUUCAACACAAGUACAAGGACAAGUACAGUUCAUCCACAGCUGAAACUCAAUAGGCCUGUUCUAAAACACGCUAGAAUUUGAUAGAGGUGAAGAAAAAAGAAAGGAAAAAAAAUAGAAAGUGGCAGAUGUGAUUCGCAAACUAAAGCUCGAGUCUUACAGCAAUGUGACUUUGUACUGAUUGUUCUCAAACACGCAUUUCCACCGUUUCUGAAGUGCACAACAUUUAGCAAACUAAACUGAGUGAAGAAAGGCUUCUCGUUUUCUUGACUUUGCGAGCUGCUCUCAUUGGGUGAAGUGCUUGUCAACAGAAAGUUAAACAGUCGAGGCUUAGAAUAAAUGUUCCUCCACGCAUCAGAGCCGAGUUGUUUUCCAGGCCGCUCUCAGACUCUCAGAGACCAAAUAAAACAGCGAAUUGUUAAAGCCAGAGGAAUUCAGAUUCACUGCAGCAGAUGAGAUGCAGGAAUGCAGCAGGUCUGCACGACUGCACAUGCUGCACUUUAAGUAAAUGUUCCUGCUUACGUACCAUUGACAUACAGCUGUAGGUUGUUAUUUGACAGAAGAGGCUGUCUUAAAAAAAGAAAAAAAAGAAAAUGAUGUUGCACAUCUGCUAUCCUCCACUGUAGGCAGCUCAGUAUCCCCCCACAACCAGACCAGAGGGAAUUACAUUUCACCUUGCAAAUAUAUGAAAGGACAGAUCAACCAUUUAGUUUGUCUUUGUUAACUUUCUGCCAAGACAUUUCUUCUUUUGUCUGUCUGUAAAUGUCCAUUCAGAUGAUUCAAUCUGUCCUUUCUCCAUCACGGCAUCCACAAGCUUGUACAGCUUCACCCACCGCUCACUUUUUCCAUGAGACACCAACUUACUGUAGCUGGAAACUAUAAAAGAUUCUGUUAUUUUGCGCUCUUGUCUUGCCUUUUUUUGUUUGUUUGUUUUUUUCCCUGCAACAAAACUGUUACAUAACGUGUGCCUGAAAACCAACACAGAUGUGGUAAAGAAAGAUUAAAACACUGUUAUUAUACAAUCAAUUGUAUUUUUUUUCCUUUGGGAGCACCAAGGAUUUGUUCAUGUUUCAAUUAUGUUCCAAACUAUGAGCAUUUUUGAUGAUAUAUAAAUUCUUAAGUUUAAAUGUAAUCUUAAUGAACAAAAAAAUAAUAAUUUCCAAAACAACCCUUGGUGCUCCAUAUGUUGUUUAUAUGUAAAUAUCUUCAAAUGUAAAAUGUGUAUUCUGAAAUUUAAGGUGGAGUAAAACAAUGAUAUCAGAAAUAA